AUGGAGAAAGUGCUGUUGCUGCUACUUCUUUCCCUUGCAUCGUCUCCUUCAGUCUUUUCAUUCAAUGUUCCCGCAAUCUUCACGUUUGGAGACUCCAUCUUUGAUGCUGGAAACAACCAUUUUCUCAAGAACUGUACUGCCCAGGCGGAUUUCCCCCCUUAUGGCUCUAGUUUCUUCCACCACCCCACUGGGAGGUUCACUAAUGGAAGAACAGUAGCAGACUUCAUUUCCCAGUUCAUUGGACUUGAUUUACAGAAACCUUACCUUCAGGCACAGAUUGAGGUUGUGAACGGAACCCAGAAAAAUUAUCCGUCCAACGGUAUCAACUUUGCUAGUGCUGGCAGUGGGGUGUUGAGGGAAACAAAUAAGGAUAUGGGAGUGAUACCAAUCCAGGACCAGCUACAACAGUUUCAAACACUAGUGCAGCAAAACCAGAUUGAUUCAAAGCUAGUCCAACAGUCGCUCUUCUUCCUCGAGUCUGGUUCCAAUGAUGUCUUCAACUACUUCCUCCCUUUUGUCACCCCAACGCUUGAUCCAGAUGCCUAUGCGCAAGUCAUGUUGACAGAAGUUGUACACUACCUAGACACAAUCUAUAAGCUCGGUGCUCGCCGCAUUGCUGUGUUUGCUCUAGGCCCUGUGGGAUGUGUUCCAGCCAGGUCCCUCUUGCCUGGUGCACCCACUGAUCGAUGUUUUGGGAAGAUGAACCACAUGGUUAAGCAAUACAACCUGGGUUUGGAGAGUUUGGUCAAGGACAUUCCCAUUAAGUACCCCGGUGCUGUUGGUAUCUAUGGAGCAGUGUAUGAUAUCGUUCAGCGAUUGCGGGCUAUUCCUAAACACUAUGGGUUUUCGGAUGUGUCUAAUGCAUGCUGUGGAGAUGGAAUACUUCGUGGAAUGUUGCAAUGUGGUCAGGAGGGUUACAAGAGAUGUCCAAACCCUUACGAGUACUUGUUCUGGGAUUACUUUCAUCCAUCAGAGCACACUUACAAGCUCAUCUCCAAGGGUUUAUGGGGCGGAAAGCAAUCCCAAGUUCGGCCAAUCAAUUUGAGGACUCUGGCCAACUUGACCCUCUCAUCAGUUUGAG